UUCUUUCGUUUUCUUUUUUGGUCCCCUUGAUAUAAUUGAGUGGAUUUCUAAAUUUUACGUGUUCUUCACUUCAUUGUUGGACUCAGUAGUCUGAUUUUAGUAAGAGAUAUUGGAAAGAUCUGGGUGCUGUAAUGAUUAGUGAAGUAGUUUCAAUCUAUCUGAUUGGUCUGCAAUAUAAGGAAUUUAGUAUUGAAAUACAUUUUCUUGUUUGAUAUGCAAAAUUUUUCUUCUGGGUAUUGCAGUUCAACUGCUUUUGAUGUGUUCUAUAUUUCAUUAUUUGAUAGAGCAAAUUUCUUCCGGAGUACCCUUUCUUUUUUUUUUUUGAGAGAGAGAGAAUUGCCCUUAUGUUGUUUGAGGGAAAAAGGUGGAAUUGGGAUUGGUGUAAGAGAAUGGAAUGGUCAAAGAUGGCUGUAUUUCACAAAUCGGUUCAUGAUAAAUUGGUUAAACUCAGCUGAUAUCAGGAAUGGGUUCUGGUGAUUGGUUUAAGACAAUAAUUAGUUUAAAGAAGACGAAGGAAGAUAGUUCAAAACGAGUGAAGUUUGGGCAUCACCUCAUCUGUUCUUGUAAUUUGAGACAGCGUUCUGCUGCUGCAAAAUCAAAUGGCUUCAAAUGGAAGAACCGACCACGCAGGGAGUCUGCUGCUUCUGCUGAUGGCAAUCCAAACGUGCCAGUUGAGGACUUGGCUGCCACUCGGAUUCAAACUGCAUUCAGAGCGUAUAUGGCUAGAAAAACUUUACGCCGUUUGAAAGGAGCAACGAGAUUACAGAUCCUGACACAAAAUUAUUCUGUUAAAAAGAAAGCUAAAAUUGCAUUGCACUGUCUUCAUACAUGGAGCAAAAUACAGGCUGAAAUUAGAUCUCGCCGACAAUGUAUGGUAAUAGAAGGCCGGUUAAGACAGAAGAAAUUAGAAAAUCAACUAAAACUUGAGGCAAAGCUUCAUGAUCUAGAGGUAGAGUGGAGUGGUGGCUCUGACACAAUGGAGGAAAUUCUUGCAAGAAUACAUCAGAGGGAAGAAGCAGCUGUUAAGCGAGAGCGAGCGAUGGCAUAUGCCUUUUCUCAUCAGUGGAGGGCCAACUCAAGCCAGAACCUUGGGCUGGUCAAUUAUGAACCUGGCAAAGCAAAUUGGGGUUGGAGCUGGAAGGAACGUUGGAUUGCUGCUCGUCCAUGGGAAAGCCGAAUCCCUGCUCAGAUCAUCAGUCCAAAGAAAGUACAGAAACAAGAGAAGAACAAAGCCGGUAGAAAAACCAAUUCACCAACUGCUAAAACUCCAAUUUCAUCUAAACCUUCUUUGUCCAAUGGGAAGGGAAAUCCAAAGGCCCGGAGAUUGUCAUAUCCAGGUGCUGAAAAAGGAGCUAGACAUGAAGGUAGCAUUAAAACUGAAGAAGCUAAAUUUUAAGGUGAACCGGUAUCUUAGUUCCUGUCCAGAACAUUAGUGGAAGGCUUAAUUUUUAGUCAGUUGUGUGGUAAGGAAGGGAAGAUUCUUUUAUCUAUUUGUUCAUUUCAGAUUGUGUACAAAAGGAGUGGUUUGGUUGUGAUAUACUUCAGCAUGCAGUCAAAUUGACGAAUCCAUGCACCUAUUGCUGCAGCUGUCGAAAUUGGUGUUUUGAGAAUAGGCCUUAAUAUUUUAGAACAUUGGCCUGGAAAUGGGACUGAGCUGAUCAUUCUUCUCUGUUUUUUAUCUUUAUUCCCUCAAAGAAAUUAUCUGAUCUGUAUUAUUUGAAAAAUCCUUUGUAUCUAUAAUAUAAAUGGAGAGCAUUGUUGGAGUGAUAAA